AUGGCGCUCGCUCGCUCCAUCUCACUGUGUUUCUUUCUCUUUCUGGCCUCUGCGCAGGCCGCAGUCGUCGACUUGGGCUAUGCCAGCUACAUGGGCCGCUCGCUGUCCAACGGCGUCUCGCAGUGGCUCGGGGUGCGCUUUGCCGCGGCGCCUAUCGGACCUCUGCGCUUCGCAGCACCGCAGGACCCUCCCAAACAGGCUGGUGUCCAACUGGCAAACAAACAUGGGGACCUCUGUAUUCCCACUGCGGAGUAUCCGAUCCCGAGUGGGACCUCGGAGGACUGUCUCUUCCUAGACGUUUACGCCCCCACGGGGGCAGCAAAUGCCGCUGCCAAGCUACCGGUCUUUUUCUGGAUCCAAGGCGGCGGUUUUGCGGCGGACUCUAACCCAAACUACAAUGGGUCUGCCCUGAUUGAGGCGUCGGAUAAGAACAUCGUCAUCGUCACCUUCAACUACCGUGUCGGUCCUUACGGCUUCUUGUCUGGUAAAGAGGUUCAGGACGGUGCCAGUCUGAAUAAUGGUCUGAAAGAUCAACUCAAGGCACUGGAGUGGGUGCAAAAAUAUAUCAGCAAGUUCGGCGGUGAUCCCGAUCAUGUCGUCAUCGGUGGUGACAGUGCUGGCGGUGCGUCUGUAACGCUGCUGCUUUCUGCAUACGGUGGUAGAGACGAUGGUCUUUUCCACGCCGCCGCCGCGGAGUCGCAGAGCUUCGCCACCAUGUUCAACGUGACGGGAAGCCAAUUCGCAUACAACAACCUCGCCGCCCGUACGGGGUGCAACACGAGCAAAGACAGCCUGGAAUGCCUGCGCAAUCUAAACGUUACCGCUCUGCAGAAGCAAAACAUCAACACGCCCUUCCCUGGUGCACCUGGCUCACCUCUGUACCUCUACGGUCCCACGGUAGACGGCGACUUGGUGCAAGACGACACAUAUAAACUCUUCGCGGAGGGCAAGUUCAUCAGAGUCCCCGUGAUAUUCGGCGACGACACAAACGAAGGCACGAUCUUCGUUCCCCAGAGCACAAACAGCACAGACGACGCCGACGCAUUCAUCAAGGACCAGUUCCCUGCCAUUACACAACGACAACUCGCAACCAUCAACAGAAUCUACCUGAACCCGUGGCAGACAGAGUCAUUCCCCAAUUCCGGAAUCUACUGGCGUCCCGCAGCGACAGCCUACGGUGAAAUGCGCUACAUCUGUCCAGGAAUCGACAUGUCAUCCAUCUAUGCGGCCGCCGGCCUGCCAAGCUGGAACUACCACUACGCCGUGCUAGACCCGACAUCCGAGAGCGAGGGCUACGGCGUCUCGCACACGAUCGAAACAAACGCCAUCUGGGGACCAGAUAUGGUCAGCGGCACGCCGCCUGCGUCCUACUAUACCACCAACGCGCCAAUCAUCCCCAUCAUGCAGGGAUACUGGACCAGCUUUAUCCGGUCGAUGAACCCCAAUACGCAUCGUGAUCCAUCUAGUCCAGAGUGGGAGACUUGGGGACACGGCAGGGAUGCCUAUCGACGGAUUUUUCUGCGGACGAACCAGACUGCUAUGGAGACUGUGCCGAUGGAUCAGCGCAAGAGAUGUCAGUUUUUGACGGGCAUUGGCGGGCAGUUGCAUCAGUAG